AUGUCGUCAACAAACAUUAAAUUCAAAACUUCAACUAACAUCAAGCCGCAAGUCACCGGUUUCGAACUUCCAUUAACCUUUUGUAUCACAUCGCACAUCGCUUAUCAACCAGAUCCUGAAAUCGACAUUUCAACAUGGAAUAUUCCAAACAAUAUUGUACUCGCUGAUGAUGAAUUUCAUAUACCAAAGAAAAUCGACAUGUUGCUGGGUACGGAAACAUUCUUCAGUCUCCUAUCCGUAGGUCAAAUUCAACUUGGUUCUAAUUUACCUAUGUUGCAAAAAACUCUCUUAGGAUGGAUCGUUUCGGGACGCUAUAAGACCGGCAGUAACAACAUAUCUAAACCAUCUUGUUUAUUUUUAGCCAAUGAAUCUUUAGAUGCCAAAUUAGAAAAGUUGUGGAAAUUGGAAGAAGUUACUACCAUCCCAGAGGCUUGGACUCGUGAAGAAAAGAUUUGCGAUAAUUUAUAUAAUGCCACCGUGUCAAGAAGACCUUGCGGCAGAAUAGUCGUCAAAUUGCCUUUCAAGGUUGAUCCGACGUGUCUGGGCGAGUCAUAUACUACGGCAUUGCGACAAUUCAAUGCACAAGAACGUCGAUUAGCCAAAUCACCACAAUUGGCAGCACAUUAUGUUGAAUUUAUGCGCGACUACGAGGGCCUGGGUCAUAAGAGCAUUGUGAAUCCAAAUCUCAACGAACCACAUUAUUUUAUACCACAUCAUUGCGUGCUUAUACCAACAAGUACAACAACAAAGCUUCGAGUUGUAUUUGACGCCUCCUGUCGAACUACAUUACAAAAAUCACUAAACGAUAUGCAGAUGGUUUGCACUCACUGCGGACAUAGUCAAGAUGUAUCGACAAGUAUUAAUGCACGACGAUUAUCGAAAAGUUCCAGUACAUUCUGUGGAGGAGUUCACCGACUGAAGACAUUUUCACCUACCAACUAA